GCAGCAGCAGCAUCCUGUCUGGACACUUCGCAUCAUUCAGCAACCUGUCUUCACUUAAGAUCCAUUGAAGUCAAUUAGGGCAGCCUGCUUCCUUCACCUUUCAAGUCCUCUCACCGGACUGCGGCGUGGAACGAUGAGGAGCCUGGCGCUGCUGUUGGGGGUGAAGGCUGCCUGCAUCCUGCUGGUGUCGUCGCUCUCAGGCACGGGGGCCGUCAACAACAGCGGCCGGUGGUGGGGUAUUGUCAACGUGGCCACCUCGUCCAACCUCCUCACCAAUUCCAAGAACGUGCAGUUGGUCCUGGACCCGAGCCUGGCCCUACUGAGUCGUCGCCAGCGCCGGCUGAUCCGGCAGAAUCCUGGCAUCUUGCACGCCAUCGCCGCUGGGUUGCACACUGCUAUAAAGGAGUGCAAGUGGCAGUUCCGCAACCGCCGCUGGAACUGCCCGACCACCCACAGCCCGGCCGUUUUUGGGAAAAUUGUCAAUCGUGGUUGCAGAGAGACUGCGUUUGUAUUUGCCAUCGCCAGCGCAGGGGUGACCCACGCCGUGGCUCGCUCCUGCUCGGAAGGGGCCAUUGAGUCGUGCACAUGCGAUUACCGCCGCAGAGGUCCUGGAGGACCAGACUGGCACUGGGGGGGCUGCAGUGACAACGUAGACUUUGGCAGGGUGUUCAGCCGGGAGUUUGUGGACUCCAGCGAGAGGGGCAGAGAUCUGCGCUACCUCACUAACAUACACAACAAUGAGGCCGGCAGAAUGACUGUGGCAUCAGAGAUGCGUCAGGAGUGCAAGUGCCAUGGCAUGUCAGGCUCCUGCACCGUGCGCACCUGUUGGAUGCGCCUGCCCAGCUUCCGCACGGUGGGAGACUUCCUUAAGGACCGGUUUGACGGUGCGUCCAGAGUCGUUUAUGCCAACAAGGGAAGCAACCGCGCCUCUCACCGGGCCAACCCCCGACACCUGGAGCCCGAGAACCCAGCUCACAAGCCCCCCUCUGCCAUGGACCUGGUCUAUUUUGAGAAAUCACCAAACUUUUGUUCCUACAAUGGCAAAACUGGCACUUUGGGAACUUCUGGGAGAACAUGCAACAGCUCCUCUCCAGGCCUGGACGGAUGUGAGCUGCUGUGCUGUGGACGUGGGUUCAAGACCCGGACCGAGAGUGUGACUGAACGUUGCAACUGCACGUUCCACUGGUGCUGUCACGUCAGCUGCUUGAACUGCACCAGCACGCGGACGUCACACCAGUGUCUAUGAUGACACGUGGACGCCAAUGGAAUAUUGAUUCACAUUUGAUUGGCUGAGAAAGCUACUAGAACACAGGUGGCUUGAGAUGUUAGAAGCAAGAGAAGCUUCAUGGCGGGUAAACUGAUACAGGGAAUUCUCAAGAUGAAAAGGUGGUGUGAGAGAGGGAGAAGGACAAAUAUAUAAACAACAGGGUACGCAGGAAGCAUUUGUGCAACUUUCUUUUGAUGCUUAACACUGUUCAAAGGAUAUUGAAAGACGCCAGUCAUCAAUAUUGAGUGGUAAUCAUCCAUAUCCCUCAAGUGUUUACACUGUGGAAACAUAGAAAUAGAAGUAAAGAGAGGAAAUUAUGUGGCGAUGAAUCAAUUGUUGUAACCAGGUACUACUAGAGACUUCUUCUCAGUCUGCAGAGACUCAGCACAAUGUUUCACAGAUGUUUCUGUGGCCAGAGAGUCACAAACAUGGGCUCCCAUGAACUCGUGAGGACCCCUAAUAAGUGGGAAGUUUUUAUUUUUUACAUCACUGAUUGGUUUUCUUCUGCUGAAGGUUGUAUUCUCUCACACGAAGCUGUUUGACGUUUAUCUACAGGGAUGGGCUGUCUUUUCCCAACUUGUACAGCCCAACUAUAAUUUCUUCACACUACCCAUUUUAUUUGAGUUUAAUUGGAGCUGGAUACACCUCAACCCGUGAUUUGCCACUAUGAUAUACCACAGAAGGGCCCUGAUGUUGCACGACGAGGCGGACGCUCAACAAGGAAAAUAGAAACUUACCGAGCAAAUCCUACUGAGGCAAUGUCAUUUGAAUGUAUUAUCAGCACAUGGUAUAACUGCAUGACUAGAUCUGGGGGUAAAAAUCAAAAAAAGAAAUGAAAUAGAACCUGCAGAAUCUCGCCAUGCUCUCAAAAUGAAAACUAAAGCCAUUCUGAGAAGACAUUGAAGUAAAAAAAAGAAGAUACAUGUUAACAAGUGGUAAACUGGUCCAGCUUUAAAGUAGGCAUAAAUGGUGCCUAUAAGGAGAUAAAACAGGCUCUGCUUUCUGAGAUAAUUCUCCAAAUCAGCUAUCAGAACCAAAAUACUGUAAAUAUUAAAAUAUAUGAAUAUAUUUAAAAUGACGAAAUUUGUACGUUUUUGGAAUGAUUCAUGCACCUGUCAGUGGCUGGAUAAUAUGAUAUCAUUAGUUUCAAUUCAGGAGAUGUUUUAGAGAUUAUGCUUUUUUUCUAUUUCGCUGUAAUAUAGCUCACACAAGACUGAGUUAAUAGUAAGAAAACAUUAUUGUGUCUUUGCUUGUUUCCUGUUAAAACACUUGUGUUCAUGCACUGAAUAUUUACCUUUUGUAUUAGUGUAAAUACAAAAUAUUUAUUUCGAAGGAUUUUUAUACU